AUGUUUGAAAGGGUAUCUAUGCUCAUCAUGGGCCAUCCUCAAUUUGAGACCCAGGAUGACUUCGGCAUUGGAGAUGGCAUCCCCCCUAUCCCGGAAUGGCAGUUCGACUCAACCGUGCUUGAUGACCAGCUAUUUGACCUCAGCAACAUUGAAGUGGAGUAUGCCGUUAAGAAUGUCUUGAGUCGUCUUCGCAGCAUCUUUCACCGAGUGCGCAAUAUGCCCUUCCAAGCCACACAACUUCAUGACCUUACCUGUUUUGUCAUACACCGUCUCCUUCUCUCCGCUCCAGCUACCACGAUAUCUCUGCCAUCACCGAUUACGGAAUCCAUUCGCUGCGGGGUUAUAAUCUACAUGUUCAUCGCUCAGGGACCAACAUACUACUCGCAUGCAGUCAUACUGAAUACCAUUAUGAUUCGAUUUAUGGAGAACCUCGAGCAUCUCACGUCAAUAUCUCGUGUCUAUGAUUCACUUGACGUCUGGUUUGCUGCAGUCGGAAUGGUGGCUUCAGCUGGCACGCCUCAUCACCGGUGGUUCAUGAGUAGGGCACGAGAAAUAGCGGUUGCUCUAAACCUGGAAAACUUUGAUGUCAUCCUCUUCCACAUCAAAUCUGUGUUGUGGUUGGAGAAACCGCAGAGUGAAGAUCUCGUUCGAUCUCACUGGGAUAACAUCUUCAGUCUCACCGACCAAGCCGUACUAUCAGACCUCUCGAUAUCGGUCUCGCCUAUCAGCAGCAGCGUGGAAUUUAUAUGA